AUGGAUGGUAAAAAGCUGUUUCUAUUAAUAAUUUUGUUAGUGAUAUAUCUUAGUCUGGGUUCGGUAAUGUUUAGGAUGUUGGAAGGCUCGGCAGAAACAGACCGUCAACACUCGUUGGAUGCCUACUUAAUUAGAUUUUUAGCAAACCAUUCUUGUGUGACUGUAGACGAACUACAGAGAUUGUUAACUAAAGCUACAGAAGACAGUGUGUUAGUGCAUUUUGCUCUACAGAACGAAACCCGUGUAGAUAGAUGGGAUUUCAGCGGUGCCUUUGCAUUUGCGGUUUCUGUUGUUACUACCAUAGGGUAUGGUAAUAUGGCACCGUACACGUUAUCAGGGAAAGCAGCCACAGUCGGUUACGCGUUAAUAGGAAUUCCAAUCACCUUAAUAUUACUGAAUGCAUUGGGUGAAAAACUUGCAGCAGUGUUCGCCAAAAUAAAUAAACUGAAACUAUGCUCGAAAUCUCGGCCUUCCAUCAACAAAUCUAUUAAUAUGUUAUUAAUUGUGUUAUUUGGAGUUAUGUUAAUGUUUGUUGCUCCAGGUUUUAUAUUUACCAUAGUCGAGGAGUGGAAUUUCUUAGAGACAUUAUAUUUCUGUUUUAUUACUUUAAGUACGAUAGGAUUUGGUGAUUACAUAAUAGGUAAGAAUCAGUGCUGUCCAGAAAAGGAUGUCUACACGAUAUUAGCCUAUGUGUGGAUUUUAUUUGGUUUGGCCUAUUUAGCAUUAGUUAUAAAAUAUAUUACCGAUGUAUUAUUAAAGAAAGCAUCUAAAGUUGUGAAUCAGCGACAUUUUAAACGAAUGGAGGUAAGCUUAAUCCUGACUUAA